AUGGCUGCGACUGAGUCAGCGUCUGCCGCCACGCCCCCGUGGCGCCUGCACCGGCUGCAGGACUCGCUCAAGCUCGACGUCGACGCCGGCGGCCGCACGAUCGGGCGUGCGCACGUCGUCGGGGAGCCAAAGUAUAUCUCGAGAAGCCACGCGACGUUCCGGCCAGCCGCCGAGGGAGUCCUCGACGUCACGUUUGCCGGACAGCUCUCCUUUGUCUGGAGUGCUCGGAGGCCACGCGAGUGGCAGCGCUUGGGCAAGGGUGCGCGCGCGGUCCUACAGAACGGUGACUGCGUUGCGCUGGAGCCGCCUCGUCUCCGGCGCGGGAUUUUCCGCACGCAGCUUGCGGGAGCGGCUCUGCCAGCCUGCCACAUGCCUCGCUUCGAGGACCAGAAUGACGCGAGGCGCAGUGACGAAGAGCAGGGCGCGCCGUCCAAGCGUGCGCGCUCGAGUGCCCUUUCUGACACCGCACCUCUUGCCGCACCUCUUGCCGCACCUCCUGCCGCACCUCCUGCCGCUGCCACCGCACCUCUUGCCGCACCUCUUGCCGCACCUCCUGCCGCUGCCGCGCCUGUCGCCGACGCGGCGGCCGCGCCGGCCGCCGCUCCUGCCGCCUCGCAACGCGGCCCGAGCCUCGAGGAGCAGCUGGACAGCAUUCUGGACGAGCCGCUCGAGGCAUCGCUGCGAGCCUUCCGAGAGGGCGAGGAGGUGAUCGACCUGUCGCUGUCGGACGACGACGAGGAGAAGCAGGGCGAGGGCCGCGAGCCGGAGAAGGAGAAGGCGCACGCCAUCGCUCCCUCUCCCGCCUCUCGACCCGCCGCUCCCGCCGCCCCGUCCUCCUCGGCGGCGGGCCCCAAGGCGGCGGGCCCCAAGGCGACGGGCAAGGCACCUGGCAAGGCGGCGGGCGGGGCUGAAUCGCUUGCCUCCCCGUGGAGCAGCAAGCAGCUUGCCUCCCCGUGGACGAUCGCGAGCGGCGCCUGCAAGGCAGCCCCCGCCGCCUCCCCCUACCCUGCCGGCGUGCCGAGCGUGCCGGAUGGCUCGGCCGCGCAGGGCGGCGUGCUGCGCGCCAGAUUCGUCGCGCCACCCUUCUCGUCGCUCGACGCGAGGCAGCCGGUGUGGCAGGAGCGCAAGAAGCACUGGAACGCGCUCUUCGACAGCGGCGCCGGCCGCUCGAACACGCUCCUCUCCGCCGGCCGCACCUCUGGCCUCGGCGUGCUCGAGAAGGCGGACGGCUCGGUGGUGGGCACCUCGCUCUUCGACCCCGUGCUCGCCGAGGUCAUGGUCCGCUGGUUCGCGCCGCGGCCGCGCCUCGUCGCCGCCGGGUCGCGCCUCGCCCCCGCCGGCAGGCCGGUCAUCGUCCUCGACCCGUUCGCGGGGGGGUGCGUGCGAGGCAUCGUGUGCGCGGGCCUCGGCUGCCUGUACGUCGGCGUCGACAUCUCCGCGAAGCAGGUGCGCGCCAACCAGGAGCAGUGGCAGCAGCUCGAGCGGAGCGGCCGCCUCGGCGAGGUCAAGCACGCGCCCGCCUGGCUCCACGGAGACGGCGAGCAGAUCGCGAGCCACUACCAGGGCGUGCUCGCCAGCCGCGGGCUGCCGCCGGAGACGCUCGCGGACCUCAUCCUCGCGUGCCCGCCCUACUAUGACCGCGAACAGUACAACGGCGGCCCCCUCGACCUGUCGAUGCUCCCCACGUACAAGGCCUUCCUCGCAAAGUACCAGCGCAUCAUCGCCGCGGCCGUCUCGCUGCUAAAGCCGCAGCACUUCGCCUGCUUCGUCGUGGGCAACGCGCGCGCCAAGGGCGGCGGGCUGCACGUCCUGCUGUCCGACACGCUGCAGGCCUUCGCAAAGGUGGACUGCACUCCGUACAACGUGGCCGUCCUCCUCACCGCGCUCGGCACGGCGCCGCAGCGCGCGGAGCAAACCAUGGCCGCGGCCUCGAAGCUGGUGCCGGCGCACCAGGACGUUCUGGUGGUUGUCAAGGGGAGGGGCUUCGACAAGAGCGAUGCUCGCGCGUGCGGCAUCCGCGCCAAGGAGGGCGCCUCCUCGCAGUCGUCCGCCGAUUCCCAGGGCUAGGUCCUUGUGGGUCUGGGAGCGUGUGGCUCUCUGAGGAUCGGGCGGUGCCGUCGUAUGGGAGAGUCUGCGCUGGUGCGCGUUUGACGCGCGUGUGUCUACCGCGUCUUAUGGUCUUGUUGGCCGGCUAAGAGCCGGAGAGCCAGAGAGAGAACGUCAUUGGACAUUGCUGUCUUCACACUUCU